UUCGUAAAGAUGAAGCUAGGGAGGAUUUUGUGCUACAAGUGGACUGAGAAGGGGACGGUCUAUGUCCAUUGGCCCUAUUGCUCUCAGCUAUGCACAUACUGCAAUUUCAACAAGUAUAUCAGCAGUGUGGACCACACUGGGAUGACCAAGUGUUUGGUAAAGGAGCUAACUUCCCUCAUAAAGUUAUCUGGCAUCGGGACUGUGACUUCGGUCUACUUUGGUGGAGGAACUCCAAGUCUUGCAAAGCCAGAGACAAUACAGGCUGUUUUGAACACCAUUAGGGAGCAGGCGUGCCUGACAGAAAAUGCCGAGGUAACCCUGGAAGCUAACCCGACAUCUGCACAAACCGAAAAGCUGAGAACCUUCAAAACAGCAGGGGUGACACGUCUCUCUGUUGGGGUUCAGUCGUUUCUUGACGAGGACUUGAAGCUAAUGAACAGGGAUCACUCUGUGGCAGAAUCAGAGCAUUGCCUCAAAGUGGCUCAGAAGUUGUUUCCCGAUCGAUUCAACAUUGACGUCAUCUUUGGAAGGCCUCAUCAAACGCUAAGCAGCUGGGUAAAAGAACUAAGAAAGGCAAUUGGUGUGGGCAGUAAGCAUGUGUCUCUCUACCAACUGACUGUUGAGCGAGGGACUCCACUGGCGAGAGCAGUCAACAGAAAUGAAGUGGUAGACUGAUAAUUAUAUUCACAGCAAUAAUCCUUUUUCCCCAGGUUUUACCACCCAGCGAUGCUGUGGCUGAAAUGUACGAAGCUUCUAUUGAGAUGUUGAAUGAAGGUGGGUUAAAAAGAUACGAGAUCUCCAAUUUCUCUGCUGCGGGCUGUGAGAGUCAGCACAACUUGGCAUACUGGAAAGGAAGCAACUAUGUAGGAAUCGGUCCAGGUAAAUGGUUUGUGAUAUAGUAUGCAGUGACUAAAUGGAACUUUGGGACUUGUUAAAGGGGCACACUCCAGGUUCUUGCACUCUGGGGAGUUUGUGGCGUCUGUCAACACUCUGGAACCAAAUGCAUGGAUGAAUAAGGUGUAUUCUCUGUAGCUAUAUUAUGUACAUUUCAAAAAGCUAUAUAUGGUAUAGGUCAAAGCUAAUGGCCAUGGUUUACAAAGGAUGAGACACAUGGAAAAUCAUUAGAGGAGGUUGUUGCUAUGUCCAUGAGAACUGUGGAGGGAGUGACCAAUGAAGUCUGUAGCACUAUAUACCUGCAGCUAGUGUCAACUGCACAUUCACUGACCUCCACACACACACACAGAUCUGGGAGAGGUUUGAGCCUCGGCUGCCACUGCAACACGUGUUCUCUGACCACUGGCUGACCUCCACUGGACACACUGUGGUUGAUAAACAGUGAGAGAGAGAGAGCUCAUUUGGCUGUGCGCCCAUCAAUGGUGUAAGUAUCUUUUUCUGCAGUGGAUUGAGAGCAACUCACAAAGGACUCUGCGUACUAGAUUCCAUUUUACCUGAACUCUUAGCCUGUAUGGACAUUACUGUGUGAUUGGUAUUAUUAUGUCAAAUUGGUGAAAUUAGAAAA